UAGCUUCCGACAAAGAGACUGAAGUUGUAUUCAGAUGCUCGAGAGCAAGACCAGAGCUCUGGCCAGUAGUCUUGCUCGCAAGGCAGUCGACGAUUUGAAAGAUGUCGGGUCUCAAUCGUCGCCAAAGGAUGGGUCUCCGUCUACAGAGUACUCCGGUCACCGUGGUAUGCACCAAGACCUACCUGCUUUGCUUGACAUCUGCAAAAGUUGCGGCACCUAGGAAACUAGUCUACACUGAUCGACACCUAUCGCUGGAGAAUACCUGUAUCAUUCGACAAGAUUAGCCGUGCUCUUGAGUAGCACAUACCUUUUUUUAGAGACUCUUUGCUGGUGGUUCGGUUGCUGGUGGGA